CAGCUCGUGCACACUGCUUUGGAUGGCUGUGCACAGCACAGCCAUCCAAAGCAGUGUGCUUACAGUGAAACAUAAAACACUCCCUGCACACAGUUAAUCCUUUGAUCACCCCUCAUGUUAACCCCUUCCUGCCCAGUGCCAUUAGUAUAGUGCUAAUGCUUUUUUUUUUUUUUUUUUUUUAGCACUGAUCACUGUAUUGGUGUCACUGGGGAUGUCGGUGACACCAAGUCAGUUCCCCCCAGUGUCAGAAUGUCCACCUCAGUCUCACUAUAAGUUGUUGAUUGCCACCAUUACUAGUAAAAAUAACAAAAAAAUCCCAGUAUAUAUACCGCCAUUUUUAAAUGCUAUAACGUUCACAUAAACCAAUUAAUUUA